AUGGUAUCAGAACAGACAAUUGUCAUCUGUCACAACAGAAUCAUUUCUAAAUUCCUUUUCCUAUUUUUAGCUGGAACCACUUUGAUCAUUACAGUUCUCCUUCUAAAACUCAGAUCAACGAGGAUAUACUUGGUUGAUUUCACUUGCUAUCUUGCUCCUAUAUUGAGGGUUCCAAAGUCGCACUUCAUCGAACAUGUCGAGUUGUCCAACAUCAAUGGCAGAGAGGGUAUUGACUUCCAAAUCAAGGUAAUGGAAAGGUCAGGCAUUGGAUCAGAGGCUUGCAUGCCUACUUCACUGCACGAGAUUCCGCCCGUGGAUGAUACUCGAAAUGAAAUUGAAAUGGUUCUCUUCACUGUUGUUGAAGACCUUCUAUCCAAACACAAAGUGGAUCCUAAAAGCAUUGACAUUCUUGUUUCAAACUGCAGCAUUUUCUGCCCUACACCAUCCAUUAGUUCUAUGAUCAUAAACAAGUUUGGAUUUCAAAGCAACAUAAAGAGCAUAAACCUCAGCGGCAUGGGAUGCAGUGCUGGAAUCCUGUCAAUUUGUUUAGCCAAGGAUCUUCUCAAAGUUCACAAAUUUAUUGGCAUUACCUCACUCCUCAGCAUGGAAGCUGUAACUCCCAAUGGUUAUGCGGGUAAGAAAAAAUCCAUGCUUCUUCCAAAUGUCUUGUUUAGGAUGGGAGGAGCUGCUAUUCUACUAUCGAAUAGGAAGAAGGACAAGGGCAUGGCAAAGUACGAGCUUCAGCAUCUUGUCAGAACCCACAUUGGUUCAGAUGAUGAAGCAUACCAAUCUGUUUUCCAGAAACCAGAUGAAGAUGGAUUUGAAGGAGUACUAUCAAGAGCGCUGCUAAGUGUGGCAACAAAAGCUCUUAAAACAAACCUCUCAGCUCUAGGGCCACUUGUGCUACCAUACUCCGAGCAGCUUUGGUUCGCAUGGUCGAUGAUCCGUAAGAAACUCAGGUUCUUACCAAAGCAGAAGGGAAUUUAUGUGCCGAAUUUCAAGAAGGCAAUCAAACAUUUCUGCAUCCAUGCUGGUGGAAGAGCAGUGAUUGAUAGCAUAAAACAGAGUCGGAAACUGCAAAAGGAAGAUGCUGAGGCUUCAAGAAUGACAUUACAUAGAUUUGGAAACACAUCAUCUUCUUCAAUCUGGUAUGAGCUUUGCUAUUUGAAAGCAAAAGGAAAAUGGCAAAUUGCAUUCGGAAGUGGGUUCAGGUGUAACAGUGCAAUUUGGAAAUGCAUUUCAGAUGUUGAUCCAACAAAACGAAGUGCAUGGUCAGACAACAUCAAUUUGUAUCCUAUCAUUGAUGAUGAGAUCCCAAAUUAA